GAGUAUUUUAUUGCACGCGAGAAACAGUAAACAGAAACUGCUUCCUGUUGUGUUAUUUUCGAAAGAAAAAAAAAAUUAGAUGAAUGGAACAAUAAUGACGCAUGUAUGCAAAAUGUAGUUUGAUGGAUUUUAUUGGGAAAUUUAUUGUGUAAGGUUUAUUAUUCAAAUCAUUUUUGACAAUAGCCCAAGCAGAAUACAUGCUAACGAUUUUCGUGUUGGACCGCCGACAAUGAAUCAUGUUUUGACGUGAUUCAAUGAAAUUUGUAACCAUUUUUUUUUUCCAUCAUGCGUAUGGUUGACAACUAACGAAAGUGCAAUUGAUCAAUCAACAUCAUGGAUGACAAUGAAUUAACAAAUAGAGCCACUGACGGUGCUGAUCAGAGAGAGAAUGGAGAGGAUCCAAAGGCUGAUGAAGAUUCGUCAGAGCUGAGUCAGGAAAAAGGAUGGACAAUUCCUGAUGGAGACUCUCAGGGAAGCAGCACCCAGGAGGAUAUCGAGUGUGAAUCGAGCAAGGAUGGCUCCCAGAUGGGGUACGAGAGCAUGUUCAUGGACAGUGAUGGAGGAAGUACUAUCAAAAUGAAUGGACAGUGUCAUUCAGAUGCAACUCAGACCGGGGAGGAGACUGUUCCAAGCAGUCAUGUAGUGGAGGUCAAGGAUGAACAAGUGCCUCUAUCAACUGACCCCAGCCACAAGGACACUGUCCAAUCAGUAGAUGAGGUUAAGGAGAAAGGUCAGCUUAUUGUGUCUGAAAUGGAAUCAGCUGUGGACAAUAAAUUGAGUGACCCAAGUGAUGUAGUAAACAACAAUCAAGUAAGGGAGGUAACUCAAGAAGAACGAGGAUUCCAGUUAGAGAGACUGCCGUCCUCAAACAAAUUUCAGACAGUGGCCAGCUCUGGGAGUCUGUUCAGUGAGGAUGGGUAUCAGACAUUUCCCGGGGCUGAUCAGAGCCGGGAACUUCUGAAGCGCGAGGUGUACGGCUGUGAAGAUGACGACAGUGAAGCCGUCAGUUCCUGUACAGACACCAGCAAUCUUGCUCAACUCAUAGUGGACCACGUACUAGAAAAUGUAGUAGGAUCUUUUCAGGAUGAGAGUGAUUCUGGUACCUCCGUACAGGAAGUGCUGGAGAGCUUGGACAAUGAUGUGGAGAUGGAAGAACAACUGGUUUCCAUGGAUCAAGGGGAAGAGAAGCAGGUCAUGGAGGACAAAGAGUAUGCCUCAAAGAUGGAACUGGAGUCUGAUCUAAGACCGGACAAGGAUGACAUGACUGACUUCCAGCUAGAUGAGCCUCAAUCCACAGAGGAUGAAUUCGUGAGGGAGACUAACGAGAGGGUGAACCAUGAAGGUGAUGAGGAUCUGGAUAAUCAGAUAGAAGGGGACACUACUGCGGAGGGAGAGGAUAGUGGGACAAGCCAGGUGCUGGAUCCUCAGCUCUCAAAGAAAGCAAAUGCUUCUGAGGUCCUUGAGAGUUCUGAGGCAGUCCUGGAAACAUUGGACAGUAAACAUCUGGAUAAUGGAGGGCAAGGUGGGGUUGCAAAGUCAAGAGACAGUGGAGUUUCAAUGAGUUGUGCCAGUGAAAGUGAAAAAACUUUACUGUCUAGAAAUAUAACUGCCACAUUUACAACAAGUGAAAUAGAAAAAGUCAAUGAAAUUGUCCAAAAGAUGCCACCUAGACAACCAGAGGUUGUGCCUGAGGUAGUCCCUAUAGACUCUGUACAGGAGUAUGACUCACAGAGAUUGAGUGACCAGACAGAGGAACAAGGAGCAGGAAAACCACACGAAGACACAACAUUUAAAGAACUGAUACCCGAGGACAUCACAAAGGACUCUUUUGAAAAUGAUGUCUCAGACAGCCUUGUUGAUCCCAGGCGUAAUGGUAGUAUGGCCUACAAUACUGUAUCAUCUCCAAGGUACAUGGAAUCUUCCUCAAUUAGAGAAGACCAGUCCUCGGUGUCUAGGAUUUCACAAGAUGUGGAAUCCCGGCUGUCAAAUGAAAGGAACAGUUCAUCUGUCAAAGCAGUUCAUACUCCUCCAAGAAUGGUGCUGAGGACCAAGCAAGAGUUUCAUGUGAAAGAAAGCUGUCCAGAAAGAGACUCCAGUCCGAAGGCCGGAGAUCAGGAUCAGAGGAGCCAUAGAGAGGCUGAGAUGCUCAGGGAACAAAUGAUAUUGGACAAAGUCAGAAAAGACAUGGCAGCAAAGGAAAGAGAUAUGCGAAGACAGAUCGAUAUAGAGAUGAAUGAGAGAAUGGAGAGAGCAAGAAUGGAGCAAGAACUUGUGUUAAGUGGUGGAGAAUAUUACAGGAGUGAGAAUGACCUAUCGCACAGUACAUACAACAGAUCUGUCGAAUUUGAUACCUCAGACUCAUCAAGAAUGAGAUAUGCAAACAAAUUCUCCUCCAGAUCCCCUCAGAAUACUGCUUCACUCAGCACAUCUGUAAGGGGAUCCUCAGACUUGAGAAUGUCGGAGGAAGACCUUCUUAAACAAUAUCAAAGAGAGUUGUCACGCUCAGAACAGAGGGAACACAGGCAGUACCACUCGAGUGGAAUAGACACGUACGCUACACUUCAAAAUCCGCAGAGUCAUCUCAACAGUUCAGCACAAGAGGACCCACAUCACAUGGAGGGUAUGUCAUAUGCGGACAUUAGUCGGAGCGAUCGCAUGGUGCCUGCGAACAUUUAUUCGGGUUACAACAUUCCUCCACCUCAGUACAAUGUGUCCACAUCUUUUGGAGCUCAGAACUCUAGCCAUACAUCAUCAGAUUUAGAAGCUCCACCCCCGAAAUCUGGAUCGGUGCCUCCAUUUAAAACGCUUCAUGAACAACAGAUUGGAUGGAUGAGAAUGUUUAAGACACUUGAGGAGCAACACCACAAUGAGCUAAAAAACCAGUAUCGACAGCAUCAGGAAACCAUCUUCUCCAUGCAGCAUCAUAUAGAAAACGAACUGUUCAGCCAACAGCAAGUACUCAAACAGAGGCUGUCUGCCCAUAAAGAGGCUCUGUCAACCAGUACUAGUUCAGUUAAAUCUAACCAAGAGAGGAGGCUAGAUCAUAGUGAACUUGCCAACUCCAGUCAGAUGUUAGAGAGCACCAGAUCAGGAGCUGAGAAUUCUCAGAGGAAAUUUUCGCCCAAAUCUUCUCCCAGAUCUAGGUCUUUGGAGCACUCCCCUGCCUUGGGAAGACACCCCUCGCCUCCGUGGAAAGAAGUCUACAGAGAAAUACGUGGGAAGGGAAUCGACAGUGAUCGGGAGACGGAGGAUAAUGAGGAAGAGACUCCCGUCCGACGGUCCCUGGAAGACGAUUUUAUGUCGGCAUCCUCCUUUCUUAGGCAGUCAGGUAUUGAGGAAAUCAGACCCCAACACAGGAAACCUGAUCCAGCAACCAGUGAGUUUCCGAGGGGUGGCGUCUUCAGCAGUCCCAUGCCCAUUCUUAGGAAAAAUAAUGUCUCUCAGAGAUCACCCAAAACUAAUAGUCCCAGGCAAGCUGAUCGAAGUUCGCCCAGAGUUGCUGUAGAAAAUGACCUGUCACACAGAGGAGACAGCAGGUUAUUGGACAAUCGAUUGUGUGAAAGGCCAGCUGGAGACAGCAGGUUACUGGACAGUCGGUCAAGUGAGAGGCCAGCUGGGGACAGCAGGUUACUGGACAAUCGGUCAAGUGAGAGGCCAGCUGGGGACAGCAGGUUACUGGACAAUCGGUCCAGUGAGAGGCCAGCUGAUGAUUCACAAGACAGCAUGACGUCAGAGGAGUACACCUCGCAAAGAGUAAACCUGCGAAACAAACAUGCCAAGCACUUGUCAGAUCUCAGGGAGUAUUAUGAGCAGGAGAUUCACGAACUUCGGGCAGCACUGUCACGAUCUGAUGACAUCACCAGCAGGUCACCGUUUAAGCGUGUGGCGGGUGAGAACCAGGCUCUGAUAACAGAGAACCACUCUCUAAAACACACCAAUGAAGAGAUGGAGAGUCAGUUAAAUAAAGUACUCAGAGAGAACAGAACGCUGGAACAGAAGAUACAUGGACUGGAGAGGAGAGCUAGUGAAUAUGCAGACCAUUAUAAGGAAGCUCAGGAUAAGAUUUCUACAUUCCGUAACAAAGUAGAGGAACUUCAGUUCCAGAACCGGGCCAUGGAAGACCAGAUACAGCAUCUCGAAUGUCAGAUUAAAAAUCAGACGGAUGCUAUCAAGCACCACAAAAAGGCUCAAGAAGAACAAAUGGAAGUGUUACAGAAAGAUAGAAAUACAUAUCACAAGCUAGCAGACAAGUAUGAGAGUUUAGAGAAAGAAAACAAUGUUCUUAAGGAAUCCUUCAACGUGACUGAGAACAAGCUGUAUGAUGCCCGAUCUGAGGUUGUGGAACUUAACAGGACUGUGUCAAAGUUGGAGUUGGAAAACAAGAGACUCGGUCGUGAAAAUGACAACCUAAGAUACAAACUGACGCAAAGUGCCAAUGCCGUAACAAUACAAGGAAACUUUGACGAAUCAUAUGGAAGCCCAGGCAGACUGCAUCACCCAUCCCCAGUCCGAGACGACAGACUACACACACCUUAUGGUACAAGGGUCGACAACACAGACACUCUCACCACACACAUGCGCAGCAGAAGUCAGGAAAUUUCUGUACGGUCUCUAGCCGGUGAUAGAGCCAAGGACCACAGUUUCCAGGACAACAGAGAAGUCAGGUCACAAGGUCAGGACCAAAGAGGGGUCAGGUCACAGGAUGGUGAUCACAGAGAGAUCGUGUCAGAGGGUCGUAACCAUGGUGUCAGUGAGAAGAGGGAGACAGAAUCACACGUACGAGAGUAUAGCAACGAAAGACGUCCCAAGAAUACUUGUAAUAAUUAUGAUGAAGUAGAGGAAAUGGAAAAAUCUCAUCAACGACCAAAGUGUGCCCCUGAGUCCAGUCGUGCUUCAGAUGUCAGAGUGAGUGGGGUGGUGGAGCAGACCUCUCCGGUACUGAGGGCGGAGAGGGAGCUCUACAAACUGCGGGAGAUAAUGCGACAGGCUGAGCAAGCUGUGGAGGCUCCCUCACCUCAGCAGCCUACACUACAGAAAAAAUUCUAUGGCAGUGAAUCGGGGAUUUCUAUAAAUAAAUCAGAGUCAAGGUCAUCAAUCAAUAAAUCUGACUCUUCAAGUCUCAAACUCAGGAAAAAGAAGUUCACUAACUCCUCGCCAGAAAAAUCUCUGAAAGUCAGAUCCUCAAAAUCAUCAAGGUUUCCAGACUCUGAUACCAUGUCAACACCAUCAAAAGCCAAGUUUGAGAGGAGUCCCAGUGAAUUUGACAGUCCUACACGAUUUGAUGUCAAUGUUCGGGAGAGGCCUGUAAACAGACAGCAGCCUAAUGAUUCCUUGCCAACCAGAGAUAUAGGAUCCAAACCACGACAGGGCUCAGCAACCAAGGACAAACGAAACGGAGAAGUGAGAGGCAGUAGGUCUAACCGGGACAGAAAAUCUCAGAAGACAGAGAAAGAUACCCAGAUUCCCAAUGGAACUGUGGAGAGCACACUGAACAGAGUGAGGGAGGGAGAGUUUGUGGCACGCCCCGAGUGGGAAAACAUCUACACAUCCAUGGCCAAACCCAAGGCAGACAACGAGAUAAAACAGACCGUGAAGAAACGUAUGGACAGCAUAUCAGACCUUGAGACGAGAUAUGAUGAAUUGCACAUGGAGAAAAGAACGCUUGAAUCACAGCUCAGCAGGGUGCCAUCUCAUGGGAAAGGGAGACAAGAAAAGGAAAAUUUAGAGGAUAAGUUGGACAGAGUGGAGAAAGAGUUGGGAUCUGUGCGGAUGUCUCUGAAGCGAUAUCAUGUGUUAAAAACCUCAAUAUGAAGUGAUAUCACAUGUUAAAAACCUCAAUAUGAAGAGAUAUCAUAUGUUAAAAACUUCAAUAGCAAGAGAUAUCACAUAUUCAAAACCUCAAUAGGAAGAGAUAUCACAUGUUCACAACCUCAGUAGGUAGAGAUAUCACAUAUCACAUGUUACAAACCUCAAUAGGAAGUGAUGUCACAUGUUACAAACCUCAAUAGGAAGAUAUAUCACAUGUUAUAAGCCUCAAUAGGAAGAGAUAUGUGUUAGAAAGCUCAAUAUAGAUAGAAUUACCGUCCUACAGUUGAAUUAGAAGUGUAAUCUGCCACAGUCCUCUAGAGAAUGGAGUCUUCAUCCCGCAGAAGUCCGGCCAGUCCAUCUGUACCAGAAGUGUUCGUAUCCAUGACAACAGCUCACCAGUACACAGUGAUGCAUUCUGUAUAGUACUGAGAGUACAUCAUGUUUAUGGAAUUUAAAUUUUGACCACGAUUUCUCAAUUACACCUUUGAGUAUUAUCACUUUAUUUCUUGUUUGUGCUUUGAUUUUAUAAUUGUCGCUAUCUAUACUGGUGUUGGGACGUUUAUUUGUUUAAGUACCAUGUUGUUGGAUAAAACUUUCCUAUAUUCUACAGGCUGGGUGUACAGUUAUAGAUAUAUCACCAGCAGUUAUUGUGUGUGUACAGUAUUAUGAGACCUUGUUAUGUAUUGUGGCUAUAAAUAAGUUACCUAGAAUCUAGUCCCAAUUUGUUAUUUAUUUUGUUGUUUUAUUAGCCCUAGAUUUUAAUUAGCUGUAAUGUAUACUUAAGGACACUUCAAUAAACUGUACACAGAAGGCAAACUUAGUUCGGAAACAUUAUAUCAGAUCUGAUAUAGAUACAGUUCUCCACGAUUUCUCAGAGAAGCUAUUCAGAUAAAGGAAUUGUGUAGUGCCUUCUUAACAAGAGAACAACCAUCAUUUUACAGAGCCACGCCCACCUUUUAUACACAGAGAGAUUUCACUUGAAUGAUGGAAUGUGAAACACUGUUGUCGAAAAAUUUGAUAAUUCAUAUCCUUUUCAUCAUUCCAUGAAGCGUGAGAAAGCUUAUUUUUAGUUUGUUGUAUGUACAGUUGUUUUUGUAUAAUUCAAUGAGGGCCGUCCAGGUUAAUUCCACUCAUAUGCAAGACAGUUGUGCUGUGUGCUCACUUUGUGAAUGGGCUACACAAUUAUAUUUGCUUCUGUAGUUUUGCACAUGAAAAGAGAUAAAUGCUAGAUUCAUUUUUGCUUAUGUUUACUGUUAGAAAAUAAACAUAUGAUAUUCUAAAUGGCACCAAACCUUUUUAAAUCACUCAAGUAUCUACUUGUAACUUUUGCAAUCAUCUUGCACAAAUAAAUUUAUUGGAAUGGAA